ACCCUCCCUGCACCACAUAAGUACAGCACAGUCAGGUGUCAUGGAGCGCAUUAUGUUAUUACCUUUCUCGUUUGUGCGUGCACGUAAACUACUUUGGAGUGAGCGAUAAGGAGUCAUGAAUCGGCCAUACGAGUGGGGGCUUUCGGCCAAGCAAAUGCUGGAGGAGGACUUUUUCAUCGACUACGGCGGGGAGGAAAUAGUCGAUUACCAAGACCCCGGUCAGCUUGUAGCCGCUUUGAAACAAAAGGAGGAAGAGGUUAUUUUGGCUGCCCAGUUGGGGAACGGGUUGCUCCUGGAAAACCGUCAACUCAAAGAGCAGAGGGACAAACUACAUGAGAGCUACGUUGAUAAGCUGGAGGAGCUGGAACAGAGCAACCAUGAGCUACGCUUGAAGCUGGAAAACUGCCAGUCUGAGUGGGAGAGUCAGGUGGGCUACCUGGAGAGGGAUGCAAGGGAGUUGAGUGCUCAGGUGCAGCAGCUCACUCAGGCCUUGUACCAGGCUGAGAGGGACAAGACACAAGCUCAGAUGGAUUACAGUGACAACACACAGCGACUGAAGGAGGAGCUCAAAACUGCAGUAGAGGUGGAGAGGGUGAUGUCCAGUGAGUUGCAGAUGAUUAAGCAAGACCUGAAAAAACCCACAAAUCACAACAAGCCUCAGGACGAGGAGGUGAUCAGCGCCAUGCGAGAACAGGUGUUGCGCCUCACGCAAAGGGAACAGGAGCUGGAGGAGCGUUUGGAGAGGGUUUGUCAGGAGAAUGCUCAGCUGAGAGCCAACUUGGCCUCUUUGAACUCGCGUCUGGCUAUGCACGACCAACUCAACCAACAGCAUAACCAACGGCUCGCUGAAGCUUUACAGGAGCUGGAAGUGGCGCAAGGUCGCUCACAGGAGCUUCAAGCCCAGGUGGAGGAGCUCGAAGAACGGGUAUCCUUACAAGAAUCCAGGAGCCUUGGCGAUUCAUCCCUGCUUUCCGAGUUGGACAUGGCUGACCUAGGAGUCAGUAAAGAAGAGCUAACUGAAGAAUUGGGAUCGAUCUGUAAGUUACUACUGCCACUGGCCCAGAACAGUGUGACAUGUGCGGCUACAGAUCAAGAGCAGAGCCUGAAGGGUGCUCUGGACCAACUGAAGACAGUGGCCCAAAGUCUGACACAGGCCUCGGGAGCAAAGAAGUUGCAGCAGCAGCAGCAGCAGCAGCAGCAGGAGAAUGCUGCAAUGAGGCAGAAACUGCAGAGCGUCAAGCAGCAGGCUGAAGUCACCCAACAGGCCAUCAGAGACAGAGAUGAAGCCAUUGCCAAGAAAACGCUGAUGGAGGCCGAGUUGGUCCGGAGUAAAAACGAAAUGAUGUCUCUCAACAACCAAUUAUUAGAUGCUAUUCAGCGUAAACUGGAGCUUUCACAGGAAUUGGAGGCCUGGCAGGACGACAUCCAGAUCGUCAUCAACCAGCAGCUGAGGUCACAGCAGCAGUCGGAACAGCCUCAGAAAAAGAUCACCUCACAAGGAAUGUCAUUUUUCCGCAAGUCCCACAGGACCACUUUCCCUUGGGGUGUAGAUGCCAAUCAGGACAAGGCCCAGUCCCCGUGGCGGGACUGGUUAAGACGAGGCAAAGGGACAUCAUAUACCAAGUAAAUAACUGCGUGGCCUCCAUCUACUUGCUGGUUGCUCAGAAGAAUCACUCGAAAAUGAUGGAUGGUGGAUGUUUGAUGAAAAAAGAACAAUGUAGACACUUGUGAUCACAGACACUUGUGAUCAAAUGAACAACAAAGCACAUUUAAAGUAAAGCUUCUUUCUAUUGUGACCAACCCUGGAACAUUUUUUUUCUCACUGUGGUUUUGUUUAACAUUGUAAAUAAUGUUUGUUAUUUUUGGAAUACUGAUGAUUUUGUAAAUGUCUUUGCUUUUGUUGCUUUGUAUGGCAUAUUUCAGAGAGGCAGCUGGGAUUUUGCUAUUGUGAGUUAAUGAAAAAAAGGGAGGACCAGGGAAUAAGGACAAAACAAUGCAAUUGUACUGUUAUUGUUUUUUAACUUGCCAAGCUAAAAGUUCAAGUUACAUUGUCUUCUCUCAGUUUCCCCAAAAGAGGCAAAAGUAACAUUCUCAAAUAAUUCCAGAAAGUACUUUUGAGAAAUCGCCUACUUUUGCACCAUUUGUAUUUGGGUGUCUGUAUGGGUGUGUUAAAUAUAAGAUAUUUAACACAUUUAAAAAGUCAUUUUUUUUGUUUAUCAAUAACUUAUUAACUAUUAUCAUCAACCAUGGCAUUGUUUAAUUGAAAAUGUGACAACAAUUUAGAACGACUUCUGAUUGUCAUGUCCAAUAAACCUUUCCACGUCUCA